AUGUCUACCCCUCAAUUCUGGUCGACUCCCCUCCGCUACCUGCGCUGGGCAUCUCAUGAGAAGCCCGCCAUCUUCUGGUCCCUGGUCAUCGGCUCAGCCGGCCCCGUCGCGCUCGUUGGCCCUCCCCCCGAUCCGUCGCGCUCUCGUUCCGAGCGGCCCGCGGAAGAUCCCCCAGGGCUACGAGGACCAAUAAAAGGACGCAAAUAUCACAAACUUUGCAUCCGUGGAGGAUUAGAGCCGUAA